AUGUUUGUAGGCACCAGUUUCUUUUUGCUCUAUCUGAUCAACAAACUGACCAGUUUGAUUGCACUGGCCAACACUAUUGCGCAACUGGUCGGUGUCGGACAUCGGUUAGUGACUUUAAACACCUGUCUGAAACGGACAUUAGAUCAUCAGUCACCCGGACAAUACGCUGCAAGUGACUUUGCUCCUAUCCCGAUCGUCGUCCCGACAACAGUGAUGCCACCGGAUAGUGGAAUUGCUGUGGAUGAAAAGACAGCCAUAUGUCUCCUACAUGUCUCUUUGGGUCUCCCGUCCGAUCCGGAAUAUAUUCUGAUUCACGACCUCAGUAUCAAUAUUGGUCUGGCAGACUCUUUACUGAUCACGGGGCCAAGUGGUGUGGGCAAAACCGCCCUACUUCAUAGGCGAUGUCGUGCUCUACAUUUGGCCUUCCUGCUCCUCAGUAUUGCCGACGUCCCUGUAUCCUCAUCUGAUUUGGAAUCAACCGACAUCUAUCCGAUCAAUUGUAUCGAGAAUAAUACUAAACGUGCCAGUGUCCUGAGAGGUGAACAAGCUGUUUCGCUAGGCAAUGCAAUUUGGUGUGGAUAUACACUUCGAUCGUACCGUCAGGCAAUGCAACUGUUGCACGAAUUUCGUCUGAUUGAAGAGGAGCAAAUCCUGGCAGUUACUGAUUGUCUCGCGCGUCAUAUACAGCAGAAUAAAAUGAGCCGAAGGGAAAAGCGUGGUCGAGUCUGCUCCAUCCUGACCGGAUUUAUAAAGGAUACCGUUCGUUUUGGUUGCCAGCCUGUUUCACGCGAUAUCGGAUUGUACGCAGGGGAAUGGCGGAGUUGUUACUCACCCGGAGAGAUGCAACGACUGGUCCUCGCUGCGGUGUGCUACAAAAAUCCUCAAAUCGUGUUUUUGGAUGAAUCGACCAGUCAGUUGAGUGAGACAGACGAGGCACGAGCGUAUCAGAGCCUGGUGCAGCGAGGAAUCACGUCGGUUAGUGUGGGUCACCGACCCUCGAUUCGUGCAUAUCACAGACGAGAACUCCAGAUAACCCCGCUCAGUGUAGCGGAUAAUGAACUGGACAAAACUGUGAACAAAAGUCCUAAUUGGAGCAUUGUUCCAAUCACAAUCUGA